CACUACACAGACACACUCACUUAACUACACUCACUCUUACACAGUUGCAGCGUUUCAACAAAAAUUUAUUCUCUUCCGCCAUUUUUGUCUCUCUCUCUCUCUUAGAUCUUCUCUCUCCCUGCAUUUCAGGGAUCUAGAAGAUUCCGUGUCACUCACAACCACCAUUCUCGCUUUCUCUCCUCCUUCUUCUUCAUCAUCAUCAAGGUUUUUCAAUUGUACAUGCUUCCUUCCUCGCUCUCCAUAAACCCUCCACAACCUCUCAAUUCCGCCUCACAAUGCCGCCGCGCAGACGAUAGCUUCCGGAGCUCAGGCGAGGUCACCGCUACCCCUUUCUGAGAAAAUGCCAACGCCGAUCACCUUCCUCCUCGCUCUCCUUCACUUGCUGCUUUUCUCUUGCUGCUCAGCGGAGCUGGGUUAUACUGGUCUGUCUUUUGCUUCAUCUGAACAAGCUAAAGCGUGGUUAAGUAAACCUUAUUCUGGGCCAUAUUCUGCUCCUGUGCCAGCUCCAUCUUAUCAAGGGCCCAGUGCGACUUUAAGAUUGAAACAUCCUCACCAUCACCACAGUGUGAAACCUUAUGCUGUGGCUCCAUCCCGUUCUGAAGACCAAGCUUGUGGUCAAACCUGUACGGAUCCGUUCACAGCAACUCCCUUUGGUUCACCUUGUGGUUGUGUAUAUCCCAUGAAAGUCAGACUUAUACUGGAUGCAGCUCUUCUGGUUGUUUUAUCAGUAAUUGGUGACUUCGAGAUUGAAGUUGCAUCUGGAACAUAUUUGAAGCAAAGCCAGGUGAGGAUAAUGGGUGUCAAUGCUGACAUUCAAAAUCAGGGAAGAACCAUUGUUGAUAUUAAUUUGGUUCCACUUGGAGAUAGAUUUGACAAUAUCACUGCAGUUCUGACAUAUAAGAGAUUUUGGCACAAGAAAGUUCCUCUAAAUCGGAGUCUUUUUGGUGAUUACACAGUCUUGAACAUUACUUAUCCAGGUAUGCCAUCACCGACGCCACAUGGAACCUUACCUGGGAGGGGUCCUGAUCCCGGUGAAAAUACUGAUGGUUUUCUCCCAGUCACUGCCGACGUUAUGAGCAAGAGCGAGAAAAUGAAUCUUAGAACCAUAAUCUUCAUUGCUUCAUCUUGCAUUUUACUCUUGCUGGUUUUGGUUGGAGCACUUAUCAUCAUUUUUAAAUGGAGGAAAACUAAGAGACCAUCAAGUGCUGUUGACCCUCCAUUCACAUCAUCUGUAAACAAGAGAUCUGCCAUGGAGUCUAUGCUGUCAAGCAGAAUUACAAGCUCAAGAUCAAUGUCUGUAGUGUCCACCAUGGCUACUUCUAUUCGCUCUGUUAAAACGUUUUCCUUUUCUGAGCUUGAGAAAGCAACUGAUAAGUUCAGUUCACAAAGAGUAUUAGGAGAAGGAGGAUUUGGGCGUGUUUAUUGCGGUACAUUGGAUGAUGGAACUGAUGUUGCAGUUAAACUUCUAACAAGGGCUAAGCAGAAUGGAGACAAUGAAUUCAUUGUGGAAGUUGAGAUGCUAUGCCGUUUGCAUCAUCGAAAUCUUGUGAAACUCAUUGGUAUAUGCAGAGAAGGGCGCAGGCGUUGUUUGGUGUACGAGCUUGUUCGCAAUGGCAAUGUUGAGUCUCAUUUGCAUGGUGUUGACAAGGAAAGCAGCCCUCUUGAUUGGGAUGCUCGGAUGAAAAUUGCCCUUGGAGCUGCAAGAGGAUUGGCCUACCUUCACGAGGAUUCUAAUCCCCGUGUAAUUCACCGAGACUUUAAAGCUAGCAAUGUGUUGUUAGAAGAAAACUUUACCCCCAAGGUUUCUGAUUUUGGAUUAGCAAGGGAAGCAACCGAAGGAAAUCACCAUGUUUCUACAAGGGUCAUGGGUACAUUUGGAUAUGUUGCCCCAGAAUAUGCAAUGACGGGCCAUUUACUCGUCAAAAGUGACGUUUAUAGUUAUGGUGUCGUACUGCUCGAGCUUCUAACAGGCAGAAAACCUGUGGACAUGUCUCAAUCUCCCGGACAGGAGAAUCUUGUAACAUGGGCGCGCCCACUAUUGACAAGUAGAGAGGGUUUAGAACAGCUGGUGGAUCCAUCUUUGGCCGGAAGCUAUGACUUUGAUGACAUGGCAAAGGUGGCUGCUAUUGCUUCAAUGUGUGUGCACCCGGAGGUUGAUCAGAGACCUUUUAUGGGUGAAGUUGUGCAGGCUCUUAAGUUGAUAUGCAAUGACAAAGAUGAGGCCUGUAGUUUGAAGGAGUCUUCUGCUCCGGAGUCGGAUUUUGGAGGUGACCUUGCAUUUUCUGAUAGCAGUAGGUGGAAUGCUGAAGGGGUUACCCCUCGAUUCAUCACAAUGGAAUACAGUUCUGGUCGACUUGAAGGUGAAAACAGGCCGUUUUCAGCUUCAAGCUUGAUUGAAGAUGAGAUAUCUUUGCCAAUUAGGCAUGGGAAUAGAUCAGGUCCCUUGAGACCUGCCCGGAGCAAGCUAUCCUUGUAUAGAUUUUCUGGAAGUAGGAGUGAACAUGGAGUACUUCCUUCCAAGCGUGUUUGGAAUGAUGGUUACUGGCCUUAAGGUUUGAGGUUUCUUCUAUAGAAAUGUACAGUUAAAAAAUGGGUUUGAUUUGGUGACUGAUUUUUAGGAUAGGCGUCUCAAAUUCCUAAAGUUUUCUUGUUAAGAUUGGAGAGAACACAUAGACAUAGACUUCUAAUUUUGAAAUAUUGAUUUAUUAUGUCGGCAGGGAAGGCAACUUGAACAGUAUUUCAUAGUGUAAAUGCCCUAAAUUGUAGCUCAAUUCGUCUGUUAACUAACUUUGGUCAUUUGGUAUACAGCCGGAUGAAAUGGGGAUAGUUUAGUUUUUUUUUCCA